GUCAAAUAAACAAAUAAAUCGAUGAUACAGCAAUUACAUCGAUUAUUGGACUUGUCAAAUCCUCUAUUAUUUCUGCUAAUAGAAUAUGGCUGAAGCUUCGUGCUGUUCAAUGUGUACUUUAUUUAUUCCUGAAGUUCAUACUUGCCCAGUGAACUUCUUUAAUCAUGUGUUCAAACAGCAACGAUAUUCAAAAAAUUUUUAUAUUGCGUGCAAAUAUCCUGGGUGCAACGCACAUCAUCAUGUUUACGAAUCUUUCAGACGUCAUUGGAAAAAAGAACACUCAGUUCGUGUUGUACAGCAUCAGGAUGCUGCAAGAAACGUAUUUGUUCCUGCUGGAAUGCUGGUAACUAUCGAAGAACCCUCUACAUCUCAAGACACCCUUUCUAAUACAGCCGAAGGAGAUGGUUUAGAACCAGAGUUGGACGCAUCAGGAACAGAAACGGAAAUAUGUAACAUCGAAGAACCUACAGCAAAAUCUGAUUCUCAGCUGGUGUGGGAAGCUGGAAUUUUACUCGUGCUGAGACAAAAAUUUUAUCUUCCAUUUGAGGCAUUGCUUUUUGUCUCAGAAGCCAUCCACGAUAACUACCAAAAGAGUGUUACAACUAUCCAUGAACAGCUAAAGGUAUUGUUGACACAAGAAGUAACUGGCUCACCAUCUUUUCAACAAACGUUUGAAACACUCAGUCAUCAACAUCAGCUCACUCGUUACCGGUUAGAAAUGCUAUGGAAAAAGUAUUUCCCAACAAUUAUGCCCCAGUCUGUUAUUUUAAACGAAACGGAACCAUCAUACGACUGGGUAAGUGACCCAGAAUUUGGCUUAAUAAUUGAUGAGGUAUUCGAGACGGGGUAUGUAGUGCCAUUUCUAGAUUCCUUGCAACAGUUUCUUUGUAUUAAGGAAGUCUAUGACUCCGUUAUGUAAAAUUUCAGUUCCCAAACGACAGACCCCACCGACAGUUAUGCUGACGUGUGGGAUGGUCAGUAUGUUAAAAGUCUUCCAAUUUAUAUUCAACAUCACGGGAACUUGUUAGGUAUUCAGUUGUAUAUGGAUGAAGUUGAGUUGGCGAAUCCAUUAGGCAGCAAAAAGGGGAAGCACAAGGUCUCUGUUUUUUAUUGGACUCUUAUGAAUUUGCCCCCAAAAUUUCGCUCGUCGUUACGUUCAAUAAUGUUACUUGGCGUUUUAAGCAGCGAUCUGCUUAAACAGCGUGGAACUGCCGUAUUUCUAAAAUCCUUUUUAUCUGAUCUCAUUUUUUUGCGGGAUGGUGUUAUACUUACUGUUAGGAAUGAAAGUCUAAAGUGGUACGGGAUAUUGUUGCAUUUCGUGGGGGAUAUUCCUGCAUCAAAUUUCAUUGCUGAAUUCAAAGAAGGCGUCGGUGCAGCAAAUUUACCUUGUAGAUCGUGCAUGAUCAUUAGAAAUGACUUGGAAACUAUUCACUUAGAAUCCGAUUGCAUUUUACGAAACAAAAUUUCUCAUGAAGCGCAAGUUUCACAAAUCGAAUGUGCUGAAAAUCAGACAGCAGCUCAAAAAGAUUCAAUUUCAACUCGUUUUGGCGUAAAUUGUCGAUGCAUUUUUACAAUUUUAGAAUAUUUUGACGCAACGAAGUGUUUUAUGCACGAUCUGAUGCAUGUAUCCAACGAAGGAAUUUUGAAUAAAGAAAUUGCUCUUUUACUGAAAUACCUAAUCGAACAUCCGAUAAUAAAACUGGAUCUAAAUAUUGUAAAUUACAAGAUAUCUACAGUGAAAAGCUCUCGUGAAUGCACGAUCCCUCCACCAAUAAGAAAGAACGAGGUUUUAGAAUUAAAAAAAUUUUCGUUUUCAUCAUCUGAAAUUUCUAGUUUAUCAAUGUGUCUAGCGCUUGUGUUGGGUGAAUUUGUUUCAGACGACGAUGUACACUAUGCCAACUUUUUGUUAUUGCUAGAAAUUUUGGCUUCGCUGCAAAGUUAUCAAUUUUCUGAGCAAGAUUUGCAAAUGCUUGCCAAAAAUAUUGAACUUCACAACCGCAAUCAUGUCCUUUUAUACCCUAAACCUUUGGAUUCUGAUAGCAAAUCAAUUACUCCUAAACAUCACUCUUUAUUGCACUUCAUUAGUCAAAUCAAAAUGUUUGGUCCCCCUCGGUAUUCCUGGUGCAUGCGUUAUGAGUCGCUGAAUUCAAAAUUUAAAAAAAUCAUGAGACGUAAUAGUAAUUUCAUAACGUCCCUUUCACUAUGGCUGCACACCAUCAGAAACUCGUUGGCUUAUACAUGAAAACUGACGGCGAAGGUCAGUAUUUUUCUACAGUUGACAAGUUCUGUUUGAAACAUCCAUCUCAUUCCCCAAUUGAAUUUAAUCAUGCGUGGUGGUCAUAUCUAGUUGUUCAAAGAACUGAUAUGAAUGGAUGUUUUACAUUUCAAUCUCUAAAAUCUGUAACAAUUGCUGGAAGACUGUGCACUGUGGGAACUGUUUUUGUACGCCAAUUGCCUAACUUAAAUACUAAAGCAGUUUUUUUUAGAAUUUCCGAGGCUGUAGUGAGCAAACGCAUUUUAUUUAUAAUGGAAGAAAUGGAUACUCUGUUUUUUUGUCAACAACGAUUUUUUUUCAUUGUUUCUCCUCUGAAAACUUUCGUUUUAGUAUCUCUGAAGGAUUUGGUAUUUGAUGCCCCUCUCCAUUCUUUUAAUUAUUUCAAUGAACUCCAUGUUUUCCCUAAUUAUUAUCAAAUUAUGUAAAAGUGCAAUCAUGAUGUAAAAGUGCAAUCAUGUAAAAGUGCUUAAUAUAACAUUUCUUUAAUUUUAAUAUAAUAAAAUCAAGCUAUUCCUCCAUGAAAGGGUAUGGUAUUUGAUGCCCCUCUCCAUUCUUUUAAUUAUUUCAAUGAACUCCAUGUUUUCCCUAAUUAUUAUCAAAUUAUGUAAAAGUGCAAUCAUGAUGUAAAAGUGCAAUCAUGUAAAAGUGCUUAAUAUAACAUUUCUUUAAUUUUAA